GAAAAAAAUUUUAAAAAAUCAUUUGAGAUUUUAAUGGAAAGUUCAAAUACUUGACCAAGUGAUCGACAUUUAUUUGAAUCGAUCUUCAUUUAUCUCAAAUUAUCAGAUUUUUCUGGCCAAGAGAGAAAAUGGAGUCCCCACAGGGUGUAAGUAGACAAAAAAAUUCAAAACCAGCUUAAAAAUCCCACGAAGGCAUUUUAUCAGAUAAACCCGGGACCGAUACAAUCUCCCAGACAAAAGCCUAAAUUUAUCCCUCCACAUUUGACACGAAUGACCCGACAAAGUGUUCCUCUGUGUCAAAAGAUAUUUCGCAAAUAUAAAUCCGCAAAAAUUCCAAGUACCCACGACAGACUUUCCUUCGAAAAAGGGCUAAAAAAUAUUUCUCGAAGAGAUGCGUAAAAAAUCAUGGAAGCCAGGAAAUUGAUUAAUCAUCGGGUAAAUUGAGGUUAGACUUGUCCUACGCAAUCAAUAAUUCCACACUAUUUUCAAUCGAACAACGAAAGCAUGGACGACGCAAAUCCCUGGACAUACGCCAGCAUCUCGAUAAUAAAACGACAACAAUUAUCGGUGGAUUCGCCAAAGUGUCAGCAAGAGGAUGACCCAGAGGCUUGUAUUGAAGAUGACGUGGAUUUAUAUUAUCUUCCAACUGAGGUGGCAGUUCACAACACCCCAGAGGACUGCUGGCUGUCUUAUUUGCACACGGUUUAUGAUCUGAGUGAUUUGUGCAAAAAUUGGCGAGAUACCAGGGAGAUAUCACCGAUAAUAGCACAUGCUGGGAAAGAUAUCAGCCACUGGUUCGAUCAUUCACGUGGUGAUAUUAAACACCACGUGGACAGAGUGACUGGUCAUUCGGUUCCAUUCUGUCCCCAUGGACCUAUACCGCAUGUAGGUACCACCUCUCCAGUCUCGACUUGGAGACCGAUUGAUAGGUGUCCCUGGUGGCUCGAUCAGAGGUACAAAAAAGGAAGGCUGACAAAAAAUUCACGACCAUGCAGGAUCAUCAAUACCUUAACUGGAUGUAGCGCCAUAAUAUCAGUGUGCGAGGAGGACACUAUCAGGCGAAUUCAGGAGAGAUUUUUGAUAUUCAACGCCAAUGGGAGACACUAUGACUGGAAAUUCGAGGGUAAAGACCUGGACAUGAGUAAAACCCUGACGGAAAACGGUAUUCCAGACGAGCGUGAGCGUUACACAAAUUGCGGAUUGCCUUCAACCAUCUACAUUCCCAGUCUCCUGUGUUACUACAGAGAUGAUCCAACUCAUGAUGAUUAGUCGAUAAAUGGACAUGAACUCGUUCAUAUCACUGACACCGGUGGAUAAAAAGAAA